UCAACUUUAAUUGUUUAUAAUUUGAAAAGUAAGUAUAGCCUCGACAUUUUUGCAUUAGGAUUUUUUUCUUCAAAUUAUCUCAGGAAUCCUUAAGAGAUAACGCGGUAGUGACGGGACACCCUGUAUAUGUAAAAAGGUCGGGAUACGCGUGCUUUCUGUCUCAUAAGUCUUGAAUUGUCUCUUCAACGAUAGACGGAUUACCUCGUUCUCUGUGCACUUUAGUUUGUACACGAUAGCAGGCGUCAGUUAUCAUUCUCAACAGUUCUGCUCCUAUUCUAACGCUUCGGUGUUAUUACAUUAUUCGAAACAGCGCGCCAGCGUCGCCUAGAGCGCCUUUAUUUAAGCGAGACGCGAUGCGUCAGCGCGCGGUUUAAUUGCCGGAAUUAAUAAUCCAUUACAAUGCCAGCAGGUCUUUUAUUAUACCUGAUGAGUUACGUGACAUACAAUUCUGCCGCAGGCUAGGCAUGAAAUGGAUUUUGUUCUCCUCCCUCUUACCUUUCCCCCUCUCUCUCCAUCUCUCUCUUUCUAUAUAUAUAUAUAUCUCCCCCUCUCUCUCUCUCUCUCUCUCUCUCUCUCUCUCUCUCUCACACACAAAUUAUGCAGUUAGCAAUGUGCGGGCUGAAAAUAAAUACAGUGCAGAUUAUAUAUCAAGUUAACCGAGGUGACAUAUGAAGUGAUAGAUAGGUGACAUAUGACCCGCUGAUACAUGAAAUCAUUUGCAUUUUGGUUACAAUUUUUGCAGUAUUGGGACGAGUCCGGGUAGCUGAAGACUUCUCUACAAAGGCCUACCAUGAGGAGUACAUUGCAAACCAUGAGGAGUACAUUGCUGAAGUCGAUCUACGUCCUCAUUGUGUUGAGGACGCUCGUAAUGGGAUUUCCAGUCCACACAGACACAGAUAAUAAAAUUUCUUUAAAGGAAAAUAGUAUCGUAGAGGGUGUCAUCAUGAACGAUGCGGAUGCAUCGGUUAAGUCUUACAUGUGCGUUCAUAUACCGCCCGAACUGCAAAAUUGCAAUUUUGUCAGUUACCACAUAACCACGGAGAACUCCUGGGUGUCGGGAAACGGGCGAAUGAAAAAGGGAAAACGUGAGUUAUUAAACGAUAACAGAGAGAACAUGCUGCACUCGCUGAAGAAAGUUUUGGGAACGGGAGAGCGGUUUCCGAGACAGAAACUCGGAAAGAUCAUAUACGAAAUACAAAGAUGCGUGCCGCAUCGAUUGCCAUUUACUUUGCCUUGGUGCACGAAGGAAGAUCUUGCCGACAAGGAGAACGAGAUCUAUCGACUUAUUCCCUUCGUGAGAAAAGGCACUUCGACAAAAUCGCUGCUGCUCCCGGAUUAUAACAUUUAGAUAAACUACCAAAUCUAU